AUGGAAGUUUGGGGGAAGAAGGGGGAAGAUGAUGGUAGGGCUGGGUGUGGCUGCCAACCAUUCAAUGCCAUCACAGCAGCCAGUGACCCACCCCCUUCCUCGAAAACAAGUCGGGCUUGCCAGGGGUCGACCUGGACACCGCUCCAGCCAGGCGGAGGUGUCAUUUUCAGACCCAAGCCUAGAGAUUGGAGCAUCAAGAUCAACCGCAAGGAGAAGAGGCUCGCGAUUUCGAUGACGGUAGCUUGCGCGACGGAGAACACGAUCGUGGUUGAGGAUUUCAGCGACGAGUUCGAGAAGCCAAAGACGAAGGAGUUCAUUGCUGUGAUGAAGAGGUGGGGAUUGGACCCGAACGAGAAGAUGACCUUUUUGAUGAGGGAGGUCGCAGAAUAUGUGAGGCUUUCGAGUAGAAAUAUUGGGACUUUGAAGAUGUUGACUCUGAGGACUUUGAAUUUGUUUGAUAUUUUGAAUGCGGAUAAAUUGAUUUUGAAGCUAGAGAUUGUGAAUUAUCUGAAUGCGAUAUAUGGGUUGAAUUAUGAGGGCAACGAUGAGGACGAAGAGGACAAAGAAGGUGCAUAG